AUGGUGGACUACCACGCGGCGAACCAGUCGUACCAGUACGGCCCCAGCAGCGGGAGCAAUGGCGCUGGCGGCGGGGGUAGCAUGGGAGACUACAUGGCCCAGGAGGACGACUGGGACCGGGACCUGCUGUUGGACCCGGCCUGGGAGAAGCAGCAGCGCAAGACCUUCACAGCCUGGUGCAACUCUCACCUGCGGAAGGCCGGCACGCAGAUCGAGAACAUCGAUGAGGACUUCCGAGAUGGGCUCAAGCUCAUGCUCCUCCUGGAGGUCAUUUCAGGGGAGCGGUUACCUAAGCCAGAGCGGGGCAAGAUGAGAGUGCACAAGAUCAACAACGUGAACAAGGCGCUGGACUUCAUCGCCAGCAAAGGGGUCAAGCUGGUCUCCAUCGGGGCAGAAGAGAUUGUGGACGGCAACGCGAAGAUGACCCUGGGAAUGAUCUGGACCAUCAUCCUCAGGUUCGCCAUCCAGGACAUCUCUGUGGAAGAGACCUCUGCCAAGGAAGGGCUCCUCCUCUGGUGCCAGAGAAAGACGGCCCCAUACAAGAACGUCAACGUGCAGAACUUCCACAUCAGCUGGAAGGACGGCCUUGCCUUCAACGCCCUGAUCCAUCGGCACAGACCGGAGCUGAUCGAAUACGACAAGCUGAGAAAGGACGACCCCGUCACCAACCUGAACAAUGCCUUCGAAGUGGCCGAGAAAUACCUCGACAUCCCCAAGAUGCUGGAUGCAGAGGACAUCGUGAACACGGCCCGGCCCGACGAGAAGGCCAUAAUGACCUAUGUGUCCAGCUUCUACCAUGCCUUUUCGGGAGCGCAGAAGGCUGAGACCGCUGCCAACCGGAUCUGCAAGGUGCUGGCCGUCAACCAGGAGAAUGAGCACCUGAUGGAAGAUUAUGAGAGGCUGGCCAGCGACCUCCUGGAAUGGAUCCGGCGCACCAUCCCCUGGCUGGAGGACCGCGUGCCCCAGAAGACCAUCCAGGAGAUGCAGCAGAAGCUGGAGGACUUCCGUGACUACCGGCGGGUCCACAAGCCGCCGAAGGUGCAGGAGAAGUGCCAGCUGGAGAUCAACUUCAACACACUGCAGACCAAGCUGCGCCUCAGCAACCGGCCCGCCUUCAUGCCCUCCGAGGGCAAGAUGGUGUCGGACAUCAACAACGGUUGGCAGCACCUGGAGCAGGCCGAGAAGGGCUACGAGGAGUGGCUGCUGAACGAGAUCCGCCGGCUGGAGCGGCUCGACCACCUGGCAGAGAAGUUCCGGCAGAAGGCCUCCAUCCACGAGGCCUGGACCGACGGGAAGGAGGCCAUGCUGAAGCACCGGGACUAUGAGACGGCUACCCUGUCAGACAUCAAGGCCCUCAUCCGCAAGCACGAAGCCUUCGAGAGUGACCUGGCCGCCCACCAGGACCGCGUGGAGCAGAUUGCCGCCAUUGCCCAGGAGCUCAACGAGCUGGAUUACUACGACUCCCACAACGUCAACACGCGCUGCCAGAAGAUCUGCGACCAGUGGGAUGCCCUUGGCUCUCUGACCCACAGUCGCAGGGAAGCCCUGGAGAAAACGGAGAAGCAGCUGGAGACCAUCGACCAGCUGCACCUGGAGUACGCUAAGCGGGCAGCCCCCUUCAACAACUGGAUGGAGAGCGCCAUGGAGGACCUCCAGGACAUGUUCAUCGUCCACACCAUCGAGGAAAUCGAGGGUCUGAUCUCAGCUCACGACCAGUUCAAGUCAACGCUGCCGGAUGCUGACAGGGAGCGGGAAGCCAUCCUGGCCAUUCACAAGGAAGCCCAGCGGAUUGCCGAGAGCAACCACAUCAAGCUCUCGGGCAGCAACCCGUACACCACCGUCACCCCCCAGAUCAUCAACUCCAAGUGGGAGAAGGUGCAGCAGCUGGUGCCCAAGCGGGACCACGCCCUCCUGGAGGAGCAGAGCAAACAGCAGUCCAACGAGCAUCUCCGCCGCCAGUUCGCCAGCCAGGCCAACAUCGUGGGGCCCUGGAUCCAGACGAAGAUGGAGGAGAUUGGGCGCAUUUCCAUCGAGAUGAACGGGACGCUGGAGGACCAGCUGAGCCACCUGAAGCAGUAUGAGCGCAGCAUCGUGGACUACAAGCCCAAUCUGGAUCUGCUCGAGCAGCAGCACCAGCUCAUCCAGGAGGCCCUCAUCUUUGACAACAAGCACACCAACUAUACUAUGGAGCACAUCCGGGUGGGCUGGGAGCAGCUGCUCACCACCAUCGCCCGCACCAUCAACGAGGUCGAGAACCAGAUCCUCACCCGCGAUGCCAAGGGCAUCAGCCAGGAGCAGAUGCAGGAGUUCCGGGCGUCCUUCAACCACUUCGACAAGGACCACGGCGGGGCGCUGGGGCCGGAGGAGUUCAAGGCCUGCCUCAUCAGCCUGGGCUACGACGGCGAUGCCGAGUUCAACCGCAUCAUGAGCGUGGUGGACCCCAACCACAGCGGCCUUGUGACCUUCCAAGCCUUCAUCGACUUCAUGUCGAGGGAGACCACCGACACAGACACGGCCGACCAGGUCAUCGCCUCCUUCAAGGUCCUGGCCGGGGACAAGAACUUCAUCACAGCCGAGGAGCUGCGGAGAGAGCUGCCACCUGACCAGGCGGAGUACUGCAUUGCCCGCAUGGCACCCUACCAGGGCCCCGACGCCGUGCCGGGCGCCCUCGACUACAAGUCCUUCUCCACAGCCCUGUACGGAGAGAGCGACCUGUGA